CCAACUGUGGGCAAAACGCGAAUCGAGGCGGCACCGCCACGCCGCGGAACGCGGCUAGGGCCCAUUCCCUUGAAGAGCCGACCGAGCGGGCAGCCUUAAAAACACCAUGGUGUCGCCGCGCAAGGAGCACAGCGGCGCAGCCAAGGCAUUGCGGAAGUGGCACAAGCGCUGCCGCGACCCCAAGAAGUCCGCCGACGACAUUUUGGAUUUAGCACUAAAAGCUUUGGACGACGCGCAUGGCGGCGGCCGCGCGCUGCUGGCGCGGGGCGCCGGCGAGCGCACCGCGGCGCUGUUGUUGCGGGCCGCGGCGCGAAAAAUGCGCACAACACCACCAGCCUACCUGCGCAGCGUGGCCUGGUCGCUCAACGAGCUCGACGCGUUUGAAGCCGCGGCGCUGCGCCUGAAAGCUAGACUGCUCCCGGGCCAGCCGGACUACGCGCGGCUGCGAUUAGCUAGAGACGCGGCGCGCGUCGCGGCCGGCCGCGCGCCGGCCUGGCCGCUCGUUGAAGACGACGACGCGGCCGCCCAUGCCGCGAUGCUGAAGCUCGCGGAGGUCGCGGACGCGCCCGGUGCUCGGAAAAUGCUGAUGGAGAAGGGCGGCUCGCGCCUCGCGGCCUUCCGCUGCGCCGCGACGGGCCGCACCGUGCUCCACUCGGUCUGCGACCUGCGCCGGCGCGGGGACGACACUGCCGGCGCCAUGGAGGACGACGGGAGCAAAGACGACGCCUGGGACGCGGACGCCGUGCGCUUCGCCGACGCUCUCUUAGCGCACGGGGCGGACCCCGGUGCCGCCGACGACUGCGGCGCGACGGCCAUCCACCUGGCCGCGGCGCGACUGCGGCCCCAGUUGGUCGCGCGCCUGGCCCGCGGCCAGUCUUCAUCAAUCGACGCGCGCGGCCGCACGCCGCUGCACUACGUCGUGACCGGCUUGCUGACGACGACGCGCCGGUUACGCCCGCGCACGCCGGCGCAGCGCGAGGCCGCCAUGGCUCGAUUGGAGCGCGCAACUAGGCGCGCGACGGAGUGCGCCACCGAACUGCUUUCGACAAACUCGCCGACGACCCGUGAUAAAGCCGGGUCCACGCCGCUUGCUUUAGCCUGCGCCGCGCGCGCCGCCACGGACCUCGCGGCCGCCUUCGCCGACGCGCUCGCUUCGUCGAAAGACGCCGACGACGAGGUGUGUGUCUGGGACGCGGCGAAGGGCGCCGCGAAGGCCGGCGGCCACCGCUCGUUGGCUCUGCUGCUUGAUCUCGCGCGGGCGCGGGGCUGGGAUAUAUCAACGGAGCUGUCUCCGUUAUUAAGGGCGGCGUGCGAGCGCGGCGCGCUGCGGUGCGCCCGUUUGCUCCUGGAAGCGGGCGCGGACCCCGACGAUCCGGGUGGCGGGUCGUGGCCGCCUUUACAUAUUGCGGCGCGGCGCGACGACGAGCCCCUGUGUCGGUUGUUACUGGACAAGGGCGCGAAAGCCGCGACCGCGGUCGCCAGGCCGCUCAAGGACGUGUUCGCCGACGACGACGACCUCGCCGAGCCGCCGUCGCCCGAGAUGAAGGCCUUCCGCCGGAGAGCUGUAACGGCGCUGGCGGACCCGGCGCUCGCGAAGAUUCUGCUUCCCGACGACCGGACGACGCCGGCGUGGACCGCGGCGGGCGUCGCGGCCCUGCGGGGCCACUGCGACUGCGCCGCGGCCUGCCUGGCGCGGCCGGCGCGGGGCCGCGACCGCAUGGAAGGAGACGGCGUGGGCGUGCUGACGGCGGGCGUUCUAGGGGGCGGCGACGUCGCCUCGCUAGGAGAAGCGCUCGCCGGCGCCGCGCGCGUGCCGACGGCGUCACUGGCGAGAUCAGCUGACCGCAAAGACGCGAACUUCGGGGGCUGCCGGCCGAUGCUCCUCGCCGCGGCGCUCGGCCGCGCGGACGCGCUCCGGGCGCUCGCGCGGCUCGGCGCCGACAGCGACGCCUUCGUCGAGGUCGAGCGGGACGACGCCGUGGCCGCCGCCGCGCGCGCGGCGCGCUGCGAGGGCGCCUUCGAGGCCUGUAACAGGGAGGUCGACGCGGCCGAGGCCGCGGCCGGCCCCAACGAUCUAGAGGCACGCGUGGAGACGGCGCGCGCCGCCGACGCCGCCGCUUCUAAGCUAAGGAAGGCGGCGGAGAAGCGUUUAAGAGCACCCGAGUUCGAGGGCGCCGUCCGCGAGCUGUUCAAGCCGUCGCGGCCGCCGGACGGCGACCGGGCCACGGAGUACGCCGCCAGAGGCGCGUUGCUCUGUUUGGGCGACGAGGCCGCGGCCUCGGGCGACGGCUGGUGGAAGGCGGCGCGCAAGUUCGGACGAAGACUACGCCUGGCCGACGCUUUAUUGGCGGUGACCGACGCCGUGCACUCGCAGCCGGCUUACCUUUUGACAAGGCAGGGACCGCGGCGCGCCGUCGCCGAGGCGGCGUCGAAGUGCGACGAGGCCGGCGGCGACGCCCUGAGCGCUUUAGGUGCGUGGUUGCGUUCUUGCGUGAGCGCGGCGGAGGCGUCGCACCCGAAUUUGCGCGCCGCGCGCGCCGUCAGCGCCGCGCGGCGGAAGCGCGCCGACGCCGACAGACGCCUGGCUGAAGCGCGGCUGGCCGUGACCGCGGCCGCGGCGCCGCGGCGCGGCCAUGCCACAGAUCCUCACGCGGCGACGUGCACGGUGGGCCUGAUUGCGGCGUCGCUGGCCUUUGGCGCGGCAGGCGACGCGAGAGGACCUGCUCCGCUACUAAGGGAGGCGCGCGAGCGGAGUCAAGCGGCGACGGCGGCGCUGGAUUUAGGAGCUGACUCGGAAAGGCGCGACGGGUCGGGCGCGACGGCGCUGGCGCUGGCCGUGCGUCGCGGAUAUGUGUCCUUUGCGCUGGACUUGGUGCAACGGGGCUCGAGGCCCGACGGCGGCGACGGCUCGGCGCUCGAGGCGGCCGCGAGGCUCGCGGCCGCGGGCGCAGCAGGCGCAGGCGAGCUCGUCGAGGCGCUGCUGCGGGCCGGCGCGUCGGCGCGCACGCGGGGCGGCGAUUUAGCCUUGCGAGCCGUCGAGGCGCGCGGCGCGCCGGCAAACGUCGCCCUCGCAUUACUCUCGCGGGGCGCCGCUUGUGCUCCGACGACAACAAAGAAACGGCCACAGUCCGUUGCAGGGGGCUGGCGCGCCGUGUUCGCCGCCGGCGACGAGACGCCGCCCUCGAUCCUGGCCGAGGUCUGCGCCGCGGCGGCCGCGGCGCGCGCGGCCGCCGCCGACGCGGACGUCGUCGAGCGCGCGCUCGGCGGCGCGCCGGCGACGACCUACGAGCGGAAGCUUGGGAGGCUCAGGUGUCUUGACGGAACGCACGAGCACGUCGGUCUCGUGCUGGUCGACGACGACGACGGCGCGGCCGGCGACGCCGAGCUCGAGGACGGCACGGCCGUCAAGCUCGCGCAGCUGGCGGCGGACUGCCGCCUCUUCUGGCGGUUGCGACGGGCGCCGCGGCCGCGCGUCGCCACGAGCCUCCACGCGGCCUGCGCGGCCGGCGCGUCGUCCAAGGCCCUGGACCUCAUUUUACGAGGCUCUGAGGACGCGCUGACGGCGCGCGACGCUGAUGGGAGGACGCCGCUCGGCGUCGCGCUCGCCGCCGGCCAGAAAAGUGCCGCAGCCUGGUGUCUGAAGGCACACGAGCACUUUUCCCAGGAGCAGGCGGCGCUCGCGGACACGACGAAUGCGUGGCCCGAGCCGCAAUUCGACGCGGUGUGUUUGAGAGCGGCUUCUAGAAGGGCCCACGGCGCCGAUGCCGAGUUAAGAAGGUGGCGGCGCCAGUCCGUGCUCGUCGAUGCCGAUUUGGAGGCCGAGCACGCGGCGGUGGAUCGGGGCGGCGCGGCGCCUCGAUUAGCCAGCGUUCUAGCGACGGCGGGCGCCCUGGCGACGGAACUCGCCGGGCGCCGCGUCGCGUCGCUCUGGAGCCAGGAGGCGCCCUUGCUCUGCGCGGAUCGGGCCAAGAAGGCGUUCGGGGAGUUUGGCGUCGCGCCGUCGUCACUGGAAGCGCUGAAGCAGUUGGACGCGGAGGGCCUGAAGCAGCGUAUCACGUUAAGGGCAGUGGAAGCGUCGAUGCACCUAUUACUAGCGCCGCGGCCGCGGCGCGCGGCGCCGGUCACCGACUGGGGCGACGAGCGCGAGCAGGCGCGCGAGAGAUUGGAAAGGUGCCUCGCGCUCUUCCACGCGCCUCCUUCCUAUGCCGAUGGGCUCGAAGUCGAGGGGAACGACCCGGAUCCAUCCGAUGCGAAGGUGCCGGCCGGCGUUUUGAGGGAGGUGCGGAACUACUGGAAGAAUAAACCGGACGAGGACGGCGCGGAGCGCUUCCGGAGUUUCCUGGAGCUCUGGCGGCGCAAGCCGAAGGACGUGUUGAACGCGGUGGACGCGGGGCGCGCGGCGCUCGCGUGGCUUCGUAGGGUGGCGGCCGCGCGCAUCCUGGAUAUUGUGGCGGCGCACGCGUCGAGCGGCGUUGACGAACGGAAGCUGGCCCACUCGCUGGCGACGCGCGCGACAGCUAGAGCGGCGCGCGACGACAUUUUAAGUGAGGAGCUGCGCUCGGCACAAGCGUCGCUCGGCCACGCGUCGCGCGGCGCCGAGCGCAUCGCUAAAGUAGUGAGACGGCCGGAGAUGAGCCGGAAGUUGCGGACCGUGGACCUGGUCCACCGCCGGGACUGGACCAUACUAUUGUCGACGCCGGACGCGGCCCUGGGCGACCGGCGCCUCGUCGACCUGCGGAUGGCCGUCUGCGGCGCCUGCGUCGUCGUGUGCAGCGCCGUCGACGGGCCCGACGACAUAGACGAGAAGCUGCUGGAGCCUCUCGAACGGGCCUGGCGGCGGCCCGUCACGGCGCCCGUCGAGGACGCCGGCGCCGCGCGGGCGGCCGAGAGGUUGCUACGCGCGAUGCGGUCCUACGACGCGGCCGCGGCGCGGAAGCGCGCCGCCCAGGACGCCGAGUUCGUCGAGACCCUGAGGCUGGCGGCGCGGGAUGUCGCGGCGGCGCAGCACGACGCGCAGCAGUUCGCGACGACGGACCCGGACGACGCAAACCGGACCGCGGCCGACGCGGCGGCGCGGUGGGUCGUCGCGGCGCACCGCACGACGGCGCAUCCGCUGCUCGCCGACGAUGACGAGGAGGAGAAUCUCUUGGAUCUGGCGAUCUCCGCGCUGGGCGACGAGGACCCGCUCCUGCCAAAAGUGCUCGCGGCGCUGGGCGCCGAGCGGAGCGCCGAGCUGGCCGUGCGGAAAUCGAAUUCCGACGGCGACUGCCCGCUCGUGAAGUGCUGCCUCACGCCAUGGAAGCCGCGGACCCUCGCCGCUUUACUUCGGGCGGCGGCAGGGUCGGGCUUCGGCGGCGAGGCCUGCCACGACGCGCCGCGGAAGGAGGGGCGCGCCGCGCCGCUGCGGUUGGCGCUCGAGAGUGCGCCGACGGCCUCGUUCCUGCCGCGCGGCCUCCAGUCGAAUGUGGCCGACCGGCGGAACCGGGCCGCCCUCCUGGCGCUGCUCCAGGCGGAUCCGCACGCGGCGGCCGACGACGGCUCGCUCCUGCAAUUAGCGUGCGAGAAAGGCUAUUUGGACCUCGCGGCGGCGUUGUUGAGCCAUGGCGGCGUGCUCGGCCCGGGCGCACCGCCGGGCCGGCCCGCGCCACUCCAUGCCGCCGCAGAGGCGGGCGACCGCGCGCUGUGCGCUCGAGUUCUCGCCGCCGCGGCGCGGGCCGGUGGCGCGAGCGCCGUGCGCAGCGCGUUGCUCGCGCCGUGGGAGCCCAAGGCCGUCGAAAGGGUCGGGAUGAAACAGACCGCGGGCUCCGAAAAGCUCAUGAAGAAGCUCGCGGCGGCGCAAGCCGACCACGUCGAGGAGGAGGAACAGGGCGGGGCCUACGCAGUUCAUUGUGCCGUCCGUGGCAAGGCCGACGACUGCGUCGAACUACUCCUCGACGCUUUGCGCGACCCGGCGAUGGUCUCGCCGACGCCGCUGCCCGACGACGGCGACGCGCACCGGCCGCGGCAUUACAGAGACGCGCCCCUCGGGUCCUCGCUUUUACAUGAGGCAGCCUUUCGGCAGGCGCCACAGUGCCUCGAACGAUUGUUGCGCCACGGCGGUUUUGACGUAUCCUCCAAAGCUCACUUUAAGCCUGUGGGGAUCGUGACGCCCCUGGAAGUUGCGGUAAGGCGCGGCGACCCGGCAUGCGUCGCCUUAUUACUGCGCCACGGCGCCACGCCGUCGGCCGCGGACGCGUACCAAGGGGCAAAGCGCGGCCGAGGCGCGUCCUCUGCGCAUAUUCUCACCAAACUCCUGAGCGACCGCGUGCUGGUAGAUUUAGACGCGCCCCUCGACAGUGAGUCGAAGGAAACGCUUCUACACACGGCCUGCCGGCACGGGCAAACGGACUUCGCGCGGCUGCUCCUGACGUGGGGCGCGUCCUACGCCGUCCGGGACGCGGCGGGCGCGGCGCCGAUUCAUAAUGCAAUCGCCGCCGGCCACGCCGACGUGACCCAGAUUCUCGCUCAGUACAACACGGACUACGACGCCCAGGCGCACGUCCUGGCCUGGGGGCUGCGGCGCCACGCGAGGCGGUGUCGGCGGAAAAAGCUCGCGGUCGACGCCGUCGCCGAGGCCGCGCGGAACGACGAACUCUGGCCGAGUCGACUGACGAUGGAGAGGGCCGCCGCGCGAAGGUCGAGGCCAUCGCCGAACUCGGCCGAGGCGCCGUAA